UCUUCACACUCCUGUUCAGGUCCUAGCGUCUCGGGAUGGCCUCGCAGAACCGCAACCCAGCUGCCGCCAGCGUCGCCGCUAUUCGCAAGGGAGCCGAGCCCAGCGGGGGCGCCGCCCGGGGCCCUGUGGGCAAGAGGCUACAACAGGAGCUGAUGACCCUCAUGAUGUCUGGUGACAAAGGGAUUUCCGCCUUCCCUGAAUCAGACAACCUGUUCAAAUGGGUAGGGACCAUCCACGGAGCAGCCGGCACAGUAUAUGAAGACCUGAGGUAUAAGCUCUCACUGGAGUUCCCCAGCGGCUACCCGUACAAUGCACCCACAGUCAAGUUCCUCACGCCCUGCUACCACCCCAAUGUAGACACCCAGGGUAACAUCUGCCUGGACAUCCUCAAGGACAAGUGGUCCGCACUCUAUGACGUCAGAACCAUCUUGCUCUCUAUCCAGAGCCUGCUAGGAGAACCCAACAUCGAUAGCCCUUUGAACACACAUGCUGCUGAGCUCUGGAAAAACCCCACAGCAUUUAAGAAGUACCUGCAAGAAACGUAUUCAAAGCAGGUCUCCAGUCAAGAGCCCUGACGCAAGAUGUCCAGCUUCUCUCAUGUGUCGUCUUUUUCCUUAAGUGGUCUGUCCUUUCCUUGAUUUCUAAGCUGUGCUGUUAUUUUUGUUUUAUUCAUUUUUUUUGUUUUUUGUUUUUUUUUAAAUUAAGUCUG